AUGCCGUACAUAAUCCAUGUACCCCAGAUUCCUCGCCCGUUCAUUUCCAACAACCCAAACAUCUUCAUGGACUGCCACUCCUGGGGCUGGAACGUCGAGUCACGACCGUACUCCGAUUCCUUUUGCCGAGCUGCGCGGAAUCAAGAGAACGCACGCUUCGAAGGCGACCGACGAGCCGAGCAGUUGGAGGGCUAUUGGACUGCCGAACUCGAGCGACGGGAGAGGAUGAUCGACACGGGUACACCCGCAGCAACAAACGUGGAAAGGAACGACGCUAAAAUAAUUCUUGCAUCAACCAGGGUCUUUGGGAAGCACGUGAAGAACGAUUCGGUGCAGGGUGUGGUCGAGUUUAUGCAGCCGAAGGGGCUAGUCGUGCAGGUUGUCGAGGUCGAUGAGUGGGAUUUGUAG